UCUAUGUUAAGAUCAAGUUAAGCUUAGAUAUUUUUUUUCUUCCAUCAAUUCUUGCAUAAAAUGGGUGUUUUCGAAUCGGUUUACAGUUUGUUUGAUGUUCUUGGUUCUCUUGAAGGUUCUUGGAAGUGGGGUUUUAGUCUUGAAGAAAACGGAAGCAUGAGAAGAUCGAAGGAGAACAAUCCAGGUUCCAUUGCAGCACCAAAUGGUCAAGAUGGGCAAAUGAUGGGUGGAAUCAAGAUGGUAAAGGGCAUGGAGCAAAAUCAAAGAAGGGCACUGAGUAGCAUCAAUCAGAACACUAUAGGAGCUUCACUUCACCGCCCUGGUUUGGCUAAUAAAAGAGAAUUUCGAGGGAAAGAUGGAGUUUGCAAUAAGAAGUCAGCUCUGGAAGAAAGACAGACAAUUAGGAGUUCGGCUGUUGAAAGGGUUAUCAACCAGGAUCACUUCCUAGAAGACACAAAAAACCAAACUCAGUCUACAGUGAAGCCUGGUGGCCUAGACGAUAUUGAAAUUGAUGUUUCGGAAGAGUGGGAGGAUGCGGUCCCUAGUUUCGUGAAGCACACAGAGGCGGUAUUAUAUGAAACUGAUGGAAUGGACAUUGAAAUGGAAGAUAUGGAGGAGUCUAUAGUUGAUAUCGACUGCAGCGAUUCGAACAAUCCACUCGCAGUUGUUGAGUAUGUAGAUGAAAUCUAUGCUUACUACAAGAAGACCGAGGUUUCUUCCUGUGUCUCUCCAAAUUACAUGGACAGGCAAUUUGACAUCAAUGAGAAGAUGAGGGCCAUUCUCAUUGAUUGGCUUAUUGAGGUUCACUAUAAAUUCAAACUUAUGGAAGAAACAUUGUUCCUUACAAUCAAUCUCAUAGACAGAUUCUUAGAGCGUUGCACCGUAAUCCGAAAGAAGCUUCAAUUGGUAGGCAUGACGGCUAUGUUGUUAGCAUGCAAAUAUGAGGAGGUUUCUGUCCCAAUAGUGGAGGAUUUUGUUCUGAUAUCGGACAAAGCUUAUACGAAGAAAGAUGUUCUGGAUAUGGAGAAAUUAAUGGUGAACGCUUUACAAUUCAACAUGUCUGUGCCGACUCCGUAUGUUUUCAUGAGGAGAUUUCUCAAGGCAGCACAAUCUGAUAAAAAGCUCGAAUUUCUCUCGUUCUUCCUUAUCGAGCUGUGCAUGGUUGAAUAUGAAAUGCUCAAGUUUCAGCCGUCUCUGCUAGCUGCUGCUGCAAUUUACACAGCACAGUGCAGUCUUUGGCGGCUCAAGACCUGGACUAAGACCAGUGAGUGGCAUGCUAACUACACAGAAGAUCAGCUGCUGGAAUGUUCAAAGUUGAUGGUUACUUACCAUCACAAGGCUGGAUCAGGAAAACUCAAGGGAGUGCAUAGAAAGUAUAGUUCAUACAAGUUUGGAUAUGCAGCAAAAACUGAACCAGCACUGUUUCUCCUAGAUCCGUGACACAACUGCUAGAUGAUGGUUUGACAAUUUGUCAAGUAAUCUAAUCUUUGACACACUGCUAGUGGUGGGGUCAUUUUGUAUGUUCAUGCUUUGUGUUUGUUAUGUUGAUCCCGUGUAUU